AUGGCUGGUUCUAUAGCUCUCACCCCCUCUCGAAAGCGCGCUGCGCUGGCUACCACCGACGCGCCAGAUGCUAAGAAGACGCCCACCUUCGACAUCGGUGGCAAGGACGUUGUUGAAGACCAUGACGUCAACGAUCGCAUUACCGCGCGCAAUGCCACCAAGUCUCCGCUCCUUCGUCUGCCCGCCGAGCUCCGCAAUCUGGUCUACACCUACGCUUUCGACAACACAACCUACACCUUCUUCAAGAGCAAUAGAGACACAGAGAUAACGCCGUGCAAUGAAUCAUUUACUGAAGAUAGCAUGAGCCUGCUUCUGGUAUCACGUCAAAUUCACGCCGAGACCGCCUAUCUUCCUUAUAAGCUCAUUACAUUUGAUUUUCUGGUCAACAACGACAACAAGAGUCAAUGGAAGCCCUACGUAAGGAAGUUCCUGGCUAAGCGUUCCGAAGAACAGAUCAAAGCUAUGUCUUGUCUGACGCUACGCCGCUGGACCUAUGAAGAACAAGGGUUCGCGACGGGGACUGGAUUAUACUGGGUCAAGAGGCUGAAGAUCAAGAAAUAUAGAUCUAUCAAUGGCACAUUGCUGGUAGAAAGGCCCGAAUUCGUCCCGUUCCCUUUUCUCCGUCUGCCACCUGAGCUUCGGAAUACCAUCUACGGUUAUGUCUUCGAGGGCAAGCAGUACAGAUUUUGUCGUGGCAUUUACAGUGUGGAGAAGCCGGAUAGAGGGAUCCUUUGGCGCCCAGAACAAAGCAACGGUCUUGGUCUACUUCUCGCCUCUCGUCAGCUUCAUGCAGAGACUGCGUUGCUUCCGUACAAGCUCGGCAUCUUCCAGUGCGAUCUCGUGGAUCCCAAGGACAAUGAGAAAGCCUGCCACAGCCAGGCAGUGCGAGACUUCUUGCAAGCCAGGUCCCGGAAGCAGAUAAGUGCCAUUGCUAGACUGAGUGUUCGAACGGUGAAGUGGUGCGCCGAAGUCCUUUGGGAGAGGACUCAAACUGGGGUUGAUUGGGCAACGGAGUUGGGUGGACGGUAA